AUGGCUAGGACAUACAUUUUUUCUUUUCUCUCAAUAAUCAUCACCAAACCAGCAGAUGCCUUAAACAAUGGAUUAGCACUCACACCAACAAUGGGCUGGUUGCAUUGGGAGCGAUUUUUGUGCAAUACGGAUUGCACAAAUGAUCCAAAAAAUUGUAUCAGUGAACAGCUGUAUAUGCAGAUGGCCGAUAUCAUGGCAAGUGAAGGGUGGAAGGAACUUGGCUAUGACUAUAUCUGUAUUGAUGACUGCUGGCUUGCUAAAGACAGAGAUUCUCAGAAACGCCUUCAAGCUGAUCCCAAACGAUUCCCAAGCGGCAUAAAAAAACUUGCAGACUACGUACAUUCUAAGGGCCUCAAGCUUGGUAUCUAUGAAGAUGUGGGUCACAAAACUUGCGCUGGCUAUCCAGGUAGCCUUGGUUAUUAUGACACAGAUGCUAAGACUUUUGCAGAAUGGGGAAUUGACCUUCUAAAGUUUGAUGGCUGCAACUUUGACAAUCUGGAUCAGCUUGUUAAAGGAUAUAUUGACAUGUCAAACGCAUUAAACAAGACUGGAAGAGACAUAGUUUAUUCCUGUGAAUGGCCUUUAUACACCUGGGAAGGUGGUAUGCAGCCAAAUUAUACAGCAGUGCGGCAGUACUGCAACAGCUGGAGAAAUUUUGCUGAUAUUUAUGAUUCAUGGAGUAGCAUUAAGAGUGCCAUAGACUGGGCUGCAGAUCAUCAGGAAAUCAUUGUGCCUGCUGCUGGACCUGGCGGUUGGAACGAUCCAGACAUGCUUGUUAUAGGGAACUUUGGACUGAGCCAUAACCAGGCAGUGACCCAGAUGGCAAUUUGGGCCAUUAUGGCAUCGCCUCUGAUAAUGUCCAAUGACUUAAGAAAUAUAGAUGGUUUUUCCAAGUCUCUUCUUCAGAACAAGUAUGUAAUUGCUGUAAACCAAGAUGCACUGGGAGCUCAGGGUCAGAGGAUCAGCAAGAGCAACAACCUUGACAUUUGGAAGAGGGAGCUAUCUGGCAACAGUUUUGCUCUUGUCUUCCUUAACAGGGAGGAAAUUGGAGGACCCCGUAGUAUUGCUAUCAUCUUGAAAGACCUAGGGGUGGACAGUACUUGUAAAAUGUCUUGCAUGGUCACUCAGAUCCUCCCGACCUACGAGCAGUGGGGUAGAAAGAAUCUAACUGCAGUGUUGCAGUUCACUGUCAAUCCCACUGGAAGUGUUAUGUUGCGUGUGGAACCAUUUUAAAACUAAUCGACAAUAAGAAUUCAAAACACACCUGUGUCCUAAUCAUUUGAAAUAUAUUACAAUGAUUUGACAUGAUUGAAAAUAACAAAUAACAUAUCUAAGUCUACAGUACAUGGACUGUUUAUUUAAAUCUAACUAACUGUAACAUAUAGACAGUGUAUUAUUUAAUCACAAACACCAGUCUUGAAUCUUUGACCACCAGGAUCCUUUGGGAUGAGGAAAGGUACAGACUGUAGGUGAGAUCUGGCAGAAAAAACUUCUAACGUUAUAUUCUGAAGGGUGAAAAUCAUCAGUUGAGCCACAUUGCAACACCACUCUUGAAAACCUUGAAGGUGAAUACUGGAGGUUGAAGUUUCAGGAGUGUGGUCUGUGAGCUGAACUGGUGUACACUCUUAUGGUGGUUUUAGUAGUAUUUACAAAACACCCUGAAGGGCAUGUUGCUAAUGUUAAACACCCAGAUUAAUUUUAUUAUGUAAAAUAUUGUUAUACACUAUAUAAAUACAGCCACCCUUAAACGUGGCAAAACUGGGACUUUACCCACUAAUUAAUAUUACUACAUUGAACAAAUUAUGUUUACUCACAUUAAGUGCCAAUCAGAUAAAGUCCCAUUUGCACCAUUAUCUAACUGGCUGUGGAGGGUUUACUGCCUUGUCCAUUUGGCCAGGUAGUGCCCCCUCAAACUAAGCAGGUUUGAGGCUAUUCAUGUGUCUUCUUUCAUGUCACAUAAUCAUCAAUAAAAAAAAAAAAAAAAAAUCAAUCUGUGCAAAUGUUUGGUUAGUGUUGUGUGUGUUUUUUUUUUUUUUUUUUUUUCUGAACUACUGAAAAAUGCUGGGGAAAUAAGUUUAUGAAUUUUAGAUGGAAACACAGAGAUAUGCCAGAUCACUAAACAUAGUUGUAACUGAGUGUAGUACCAGGUGAACACAAUACACAGUUCAAAAAUAAAACAUCCAUAUCAACCAAAAAAUAAAUAAAAAUUAUAAUUGAUAACUUGGUGCCAGCUAAAUAGUAGUACAAGUAAAGUUUAUAUUAAAUUGCUGCAUUUUAGAAUCCUGAUAAAAAUUUAGAAUUCUAACAAACCACUACAUGGCUAAAUAAUUAAGAAAAAAAUUGUAGAACAGGGUGGCUUAAUGCAACAAUAGCAGCCUGUAUUAAAUGUGGAAGAUAAUGCCAAAAUAUAUAGCACUUUAUUUCAAUGUACAUGUGUGCUAAAACCUGUUACUAAAUGUAGAACAAUGUCAAAAAGAAUGAAAGAUGCUGUUAAUAUAUUACCACAACAUAACUGUAAAGUAUUUUGGUUCUGGCAUAACUGAAUGGUUAUAAAAAGUAAUGAGUAAGAACUUACACUAGUGGCAUAUGGAAAUCUUAAAAGUACAAGAAAAUAUUUACAAUUAAAAUUAUAGUGCACAUGAUUAUCAAGAUGAAUUGCCUUUUAGUGUCUGAUGUGAGCAGACAAACCAUAUUAAUCUACCAAAUUACGUACAGUAUAUUUUUAAUUUUAAAGUGUACACUUUGAUAUACCGUACCUGUAUUCAUGUUUAUUAUUUAAACAGAAAAUAAGGCAUUGUGAAAAGUAUGGCAGUUUUGUUAUACACCUGAUUUUAAAUUAAGUUAAAAUUAGUAAAGAGCAAUUAGCUUGUCUAUGAUUUAUCUAAAGUUAGAGGAGAAGUUGGCUUUUAUUUUUAAAGCAUAUUAAAGCUUACUUUUUUUAACUUCUGGCACCACCAAUAAUGAAGUUAUUAGCAAUUAGCUACAGGCAAUAUGUAACAUAAAGCUUUACUGACACAAAAUCAUCCAGUGACAAUCCAAAAUAGCUUUGGUUGUUCAUAUUCUAUAUGUUGCAUCUGUUACAGCUUUUAAAUUGCCUA